AUGCGCAGGCAGCGCGAACGGGUGUCGGUCGGCACGCGCAAGGUCAAAUACGAAGGACUGCGCGCGGCCGUCGAAUCGUGUGGCUACAUCUUCGGCGAGCGAGGCGGCCGCGGAGCAUCGGCCGCGGUAUUCCACGCGACUCGGAUUGGCGGCAACGGGCGGGAUCUGGCCAUCAAGAUCCUGGCCGGACGCGACGCCGAACCGUGCUGGCGCAGGGAGUGCGCGGCGCUGACCAAGCUGGCCAGGAGCAAGAAACCGUGUCCAUACGUGCCGCAGAUACUGGACAGCUUCGCGCUUGAACAGACUGAGGACACCGAAGGCAGCGCUCUGUACGCGCUCGUCACUCCUUUUUACGGAUCGGGCACGCUCCGCGGCCUGCUCAACAAAAACAACGGCAGGCUCGACACCGCCACAUGCGACGAGCUCUUCAAUCACAUCAGCGAUGCCAUGUGCGCCGCGCACAGCAUGGGGAUCGUGCACUGCAACAUCAAGCUCGACAACAUCCUGCUCGAUCGACGCGAGAGCGACGGUCAGCUGCGCGCCGUGCUGUGCAACUGGGACCUCUGCAAGCUGGAGCAACCACGCGAGUGCCACGUCAUGCGCGGGACGCUCAUGUAUGCCGCGCCAGAGCUCGCCAUGUACAUGAUCAAGCGGCAUCUCAUGAUGAAGCUGCCAGAGGAGCAGCGCGCCAACACCAACCAAGAGCGUCUGGGCAAGCAGCGGCCCUACAAUGCCAUGGCAUGCGACGCAUGGGCCCUCAGGUUGUGCCUGUGGAUCAUGACCAUCAGUCGCCAUCCAUUCAAUUCGGACAGCAGCGAGGAGACGUACCAGCUCAUCAAGAAAUCGACCGCCGCCAUGUCCGAACACGAGAGGAGGAGGCAAUCGUGCGUGCCCGAGGAUCACUGGGAGAUCAUCACGAUGCUCAUGCAGGCGCGACCCGAGCACCAGUGGCAGGUGCAACUCAGCACAUCCAAAUAA